CCCCACCCCCUCCACGUGCAGUUCCCCAUUCCAGCUCUCACAGAAAUCCCUUCCCCGCCCCGAGCUCGGAGCUUUGGGUGCAAAAACCCCAAUUUUGCGCAAUGGCCACAAAGCUGCAUUUCCUGCGGCCCCGGGAGCGCUUCCUUCCUGCGCCGCGCGCCCGGCCCGGCCGAUCCCGGUGAUCCCGGCGGAUCCCGGUGAUCCCGGUGAUCCCUCGGCGCCGGGGAGCGCCUGGAGCGGGAGGAAGAUGAGGAUGAGGAUGAGGAUGAGGAUGAAGAUGAGGUUGGCGUUUCUGCUCCUCGUGGCUGCGGCCUCGUGCUCGAGCCAGACCGGGCAGGAUCCCGGCGAGGAUUCCCGCCAGAAUUCCCGGGAUUUGACCGAGGAUUCCCGCCAGAAUUCCCGGGAUUUGACCGAGGAUUCCCGCCAGAAUUCCCGGGAUUUGCCCGAGGAUUCCCGCCAGAAUUCCCGGGAUUCCCGCCGGGCUUUUCGGGAUUCCCGCCGGGAUUCCCGCCGGGGCUCCGGCGCCGCCGCCCCGGGGCUCCUCCCGGCGCCGCUGCUGCUCCGGUUGCCCUCGGAGGCGGGGCCCCCCCGGAUCCGGUGCCUGGCCCCGCGGCGUUUCACCGGCAGCACCUUCGAGCUCCUCCGGGGGGUCCCGGGGGUCCCGGUGCGGAGCCUCCCCGCCGAUCCCUACCGGCACUGGGCCGAGUUCGCCCUGCCCGGAGCCGCCGGCUGCUUCCGCUGCCGGUACCGGAGCCACGACGGCAGCGCCUGGCGGGAGUCGGAGCUGAGCCCCGGCACCGGCGGCUCCGAUUUGGGCGAUGCUGAGUGUCAGCCGAGCACCGGCACCGCCGCGGGACCCGCACCCACGGCCGGGACCCUGCAGAACGGCACCGGGACCCCGCGGGGCGGCACCGGGACCCUGCAGAACGGUACCGGGACCCCGCGGGGCGGCACCGGGACCCCGCAGAACGGUACCGGGACCCCGUGGAACGAUCCUCCCUGGCUCCUCCCGGUCUCGGUCGGUGUCGCCGUCCCGGGGCUGCUGCUGCUGCUGGGGGCUGCGGCCGCGGCCGGGCGAGGCCUCCGGCGGCGGCGUGGACGGACCCCCACGGUGCCGGUGGCGGCCCCGAGCUUCCCCUUGGCCCCCGCGCCGACGUCGCUGUCCCCGUGAGGGGUCCCGGGGGUCCCGGUCGGCCCCCGCUCCGUCCCGGUGUCCCCACGGAUCGAGGCUGGCCCUGGAUCCGGUCACCGGGAGGAGCCCCCCCCCCUCCGGUGCUGCCGGGGCUCCACCGGACUGGCCGGUGCAAUAAAGGUGUGAAUCUCCAGCGCCGCCGCAUUCCCGGUGUCCCGGUACCA